AUGGCGCUCCCCACAGAAUACUGAAAAUACAUCGGCUUUGUGGAGAACAAUGGAAAUGGUUUUCAAUUAAUGAGCUGUUGAAUGAUAUGCGCUUCUCCACAUUUCCAGAACGGCGUUUUGCAGUCAUCAAAUUUAAUAACAGUUAACAUCCAAAACACGCAUAUGACAUGCCUGCCUUUCGGCAAGUGGGAGAGAAACAACUCCCUAACCCUGUACUGUGUAUGGCAUGGUCUCCCAAAAGGGAUCUUAUUGCCCUAGCCAACACAACAGGAGAGGUGCUGCUACAUCGCUUAGCCAACUUCCAGCGUGUUUGGAGCUUGUCAUCCAGUGAAUACACUGGAAAGGAGAUCACUGCACUUGCAUGGAGGCCUGAUGGCAAAAUCUUGGCCAUCAGCCUUGGCGAUACCAAGCAUGUGGUCCUGUGUGAUGUUGAAAAGGCAGAGAUCCUCCACCUUUUCCUGGUGGAGAACCCUGUGUCCUGCAUGUAUUGGAUGGAGGUGAUUGAAGAGAGCAGUGUCCUCAGCUCCUUCUAUAACUCUGAAGAUGAAUCUAAACUUUUUCUUCCAAAACUACCAACGCUUCCUAAAAGCUAUAGUACAACAUCAAAGAUAUUCAGUGAGGAGAAGUCUGAUGAGAUCAUGAACCUCCUGGGUGAAGUCAGACUCAACAUCCUUGUUCUUGGAGGUGGUGCUGGCUUUGUAGAGUUGUAUGCCUAUGGCAUGUACAAGAUUGCCACACUAACUGGGGUUCCAGGAACCUGCCGCAGCCUGAGUCUCUCUAGUGAUCUCAAGUCCCUGUCUGUUAUCACAGAGAUCAGGUCUUCUGACAAUGACCCAGAGAUCUGCUACAUUCAGCUGGACACAAAGUUGUUGUCUGACUGUCUACCUGAGGUCACUAGGAUGGCACGCAAAUUCACCCACAUCUCCACUCUUCUGCAAUACCUGCGCCUCUCCCUUACAUGUAUGUGUGAGGCCUGGGAGGACAUCCUCAUGCAGAUGGAUCUUCGACUCACCAAAUUUGUCCAGGAAAAGAACACAAGCACUCAAGUUCAAGAUGAGUUUUUGGAGCUCUUGCUGUGGGGACAGUCAAGCCCUGAACUGCAGGCCCUUCUCAUGAACCAGCUAACUGUCAAGGGGUUGAAGAAGCUUGGCCAAUCCAUAGAGUCCUCUUACUCCAGCAUCCAGAAGCUGGUGAUCAGCCAUCUGCAGAGUGGCUCUGAGGCACUGUUGUACCACCUCAGUGAGGUGAAAGGAAUGUCUUUAUGGAAACAAAAGUUUCAGCCCUUGGGUCUGGAAUCUACAGCUAUAGAAGAUGCCAUUACUGCUGUGGGUUCCUUCUCACUAAAAGCCAAUGAACUUCUGCAAGUUAUUGACAAGAGUAUGAAGAACUUCAAAGCCUUUUUUCGGUGGUUGUAUGUAGCUAUGCUUAGGAUGUGUGACGAGCAUGUACCUCCAGAACUCAAUAAGAUGACUCAAAAGGAUAUUGCUUUUGUGGCUGACUUCCUGUCUGAGCAUUUUAGUGAGAAUGAAGAGCUUUUUGAUCGCAAAGGGAAAUACUUCAACGUAGAGCGUGUGGGCCAGUACCUGAAGGAUGAGGACGAGGACCUUGUGUCCCCACCCAACACCAAGGGAAACCAGUGGCUCAAAUUUUUACAGGAGAGCACACACCUCAAAGAGAGUCCAUUGCUGUUCCCUUCAUAUCCCCACAAGUCUUUGCACUUUGUCAAGAGAAUGAUGGAGGGAGUGAUUGAAUUAUGUUUACAAAAACCUGCAGAAGUAAUUGGGAAGUCUAUAAAGCAAGCCGCUUUUUUGCCACUCUACACUGUGCCACAAAGCUCUGAAAAUACUCCACGACUUUUUGAACUUCCAUCUUUGUGGAAUGACAAGAAGGCGAAUAUGCACUAUGUUGUGUUCUGCAUGCCAGAGAUUUCCCCCUGCAAGCUCUACCUAUUACGGAGGAAUACAGAUCCACAAAGGGAUGUCCACAACAGUAUCAUGUCAGUUGACCUGAGCAAUGUUCUUAGCCAUGGUGUUGAUGAAGAUGAAAAUGGAAGAGUCCAGACUGAUUGCGGGUACAGUUGCUUAGAUGCUCGUUUCUAUGACGACGAGAUGUUAACUGCUGUGCUGCAAGCACCAGAGGAGGAGACGAAUAGGGGACAUGUCCUGGCACAGCUUCCUCUUGGCUCAGUCUUCAGCUGUGAUAUUGAAUUCACCUUGAACCCUACACUUAGAUUGGACCAGCAGAGUGGAGCCAUCCCGUGCCAGAGCCUGGUGUUGGAGAAUCAGUGGCGGGAUCUGGAGAACAUGAAGGCUCAGUUUGUUGCUGUCAAUGGGAUCCGAAAAGUGGCCUGUGUGCUGAGCGCUAACCUGAGGCAUGUUCGAGUUUUUGAGAUGGAUGUGGAGGAUGAGGAGGAUGAAGAAGGAGCUGAGUCACAGAAUGCCAGUGCUGACCAGGAUGGACUGGAAAUGACAAUGAACAGUCAGGGGGAGGAGGAACGAGACGAGGUGGCUGAGGAUGAAUCUGGAGCAAAAGAGAAUAGAGAGAAUAUGGAGCAAAACACUGAGGGGCAUCUAGAGUCAGAGGAAGCCCUGGAACUUUCCUGAGUGUCAACUUGCCAACCAGAUCGUUUUUUAUUAUUAUGAUUUUUUUCACACGUGUCAAUUUAGCACAAUGGUAUUGAACUCGACUUUAUUGUUGGCUUAUUUCAGGGAGAUUUAUGGUGCCUAAUUUAAGUUCAGACACCAUUCUGAAAAAUGUGUAAAAAAUAUAUGGAAAUAAAUUUUUUUGAUAA